AUGCGCCGCGUUGCGCCUCCGAGGUCAAUGCGUGCCAAUGCAGCAGCUCGGCUUCUCCUUUGUGCGGCCGUCGCGCUUGCCACCGCCGCAGAUUGCUCCUUCUCUUCCGCCAACCACCCACUUCCGCGGCAACAAGCCCCGAAGCGCCGCGUGCCUCCCCUUGCUCGGCCGAUCCGCGCCCAGCGCUCGCUCCUCAAGCACGCCGCCACCGCCGCGGCGGCCAAUUCCGAACACACUGGCGGCGGCGCUGCCCCAAGGCCCGUGGCUUUGGAGGCAACGCAACCAAUCGGCUUGCAGGUCCACGCUGGUCUGCCGCACGCGCAGACGCCCAUUCAUGAGUGCAAAGCGGCGUGGGGCGCGUGGGAGGGCAACAGCAACGGCACCACUGCGUGCUCUGCGUGGCCGGGCGUGACAUGCAGCCCUAACGGACUGGUCAUCGCAUUGGAUUCAAAGGCCGUGGCGGUGGAUGGCAGCGCCGCCAUACCUGCCUCCAUCACCAACCUCGCUGCUCUGCAGUACCUGGAUCUCACUAACAAUCAGCUGGUGGGGCCCAUCCCAUCCCUCGCAAGUCUAAGCAGGCUCACCCUCCUGUACGUGCCCCGCCUCCACCGUGGCCCAUUCAGUGCACUGCGCUGCUUCUCUCCUUUGCAUCCAACGAUUCUUUUUGGCCUUUUUUGCUCGGUGCUCAAGGAGUUGAUGUUUCAUUCUGCCGCUUCUCUGCACGUGUGGCAUGGCCGGCUGCAUGUGUGGACACUCAGCUCACUCACCAAUACCACGGGGGAGAUACCCAGGGAGAUCAGAUACCUCACGGCCCUCACUGCUCUAAACGUGAUCGGGGAUGAGCCGAGGCGGCAGGGGUUGUUGUCGGAUGACAUCUCGCACCUCACAGCGCUCACCAGCCUAUUUCUCUCCGGAAACAACCUGGAGGGCUACGUGCCUAAAAGCUUCUCCUCUCUCCUCAACCUGCAGCACCUCGCUGCUCUUUCUGCCCCCUUCCACUGCAGAGACCUCACGCACAAUUAUCUGUCUGGUUCCAUCCCCCGUGCCUUCACCACCAACAUCCAGAGCAUCCCCACCCCUCUCUGCCCUGCUUUCUUGCACUCAUUACCUGCAUCCCAUAAAAUUGCCCCUUUGCUCUCUGCCCUCAUUUACCUGCCUGGUUCCAUCCGCCUCUCUCCCUCUCUCCAUGCCGCAACUCUCUCUGCGUGCCCUGCUGGGCGGCCCACCUGUGUCUGCAGGCAGCUGUCCAGCAAUGAGUUCACAGGCGGCAUUCCCGGCACCUUCACCCGCCUCACUGCCAUGAAUGUGCUGUACGCCUCACCGCCAUGGGAUUGA